AAUUAGUUGUGUUGGCGGCGCUCAUCGCUCGCUGAUGGAUUCUCAGGCGGAAGUGCUGCACUUGGGAGACGCCGACGGCGCCGACGACCCCCGUCACGAGGCCGCCGUCGCCGCCGGCGCCGACGAGAAGGUGUCGUCGGGCCCGGUGUCGUCGUCCGCGGCCGCCUUCACCUCUUUCUCCAUCUCCAGCAUCCUCAGCAGGUCGGACAGCAAGGGAGUGCAUUCCAAGGGCGCCCUCGCGGCAGCCGCCGCCGGCCUCAGGGCACCGAUGCCCCUCUCGCCGCAUCCUGGCGUUCACCUCCACCCUGACCCGGCCAUGCUUUCCAGAUUGGGCCUUAUGUCUCACUUGGGGGCGUUGGCCGUUGCGGGCCGCAACUCCUUCCUCACCUCCAUAUACCCUGAGAGCAAGCACCCUGGCGCCAACUCGUGGUACUCGUCGUGGGUGCAGCGCUCGCCGGCGGCCGUCGUCGCCCUGAACGCGGCGGCCGCGGCCGUGGCCGCGCACAGCGACCGGCCCAGCCCCACAGGUAGCGAGAGCCAAAGUGCCCCGAGUUCUCCCGGCGGAGUGAACAGAAACGACGAGAUCCCAUCGCCGAGCGGCUCAGCGCGCUCGAGCGUCGUGUUGUCGCCAGGCGCGCCGUCGCCGCGGCCGCUGCCGUCGCCGAAUUCGCUUCCGCGCCACUCUCACCACCACUCGCACCACCCCCUGCUGGGCCACCACAGUCCCAAGCCGGACGACUCAAAAAAUAAGCCCGCAAGGCCCAGCAGCACCUCCAGCGGCGGCAGCAACGCGGGACAAACUAAGCGCAAGAAGAAGACCAGAACUGUUUUCUCCAGGUCGCAGGUGUUCCAGCUGGAGUCGACGUUCGACAUGAAGCGGUACCUGUCGAGCUCAGAGCGGGCGGGCCUGGCGGCGUCGCUGCACCUGACGGAGACGCAGGUCAAGAUCUGGUUCCAGAACCGGCGCAACAAGUGGAAGCGGCAGCUGGCCGCCGAGCUGGAGGCGGCCAACAUGGCGCACGCGGCGCAGCGGCUGGUGCGGGUGCCCAUCCUGUACCACGAGGGCGCCGCGCCAGGCGGCCAGGGCGGCUCCGGGGUGGCGUCCGGCUCGGACGGGCCACCCCCCUCCGCGUCCUACCCUGCCCUCUACUACCACCACCAACACCAAGCGGCCGCAGCGGCCGCGGCCGCCUUCGGCUCGUCUAGUCCCGUGAGCCGGCCGCCGCCCCCGCCGGCCACCCUCUCGGGGCUCGUCUAGCCAUCACUGGACCUCGAGCGGCGCCACGCAAAGUAGAUCCUUUAGUUUCCCCCUCCCCUCCGCCGCCGACUCGAGACACUAGCGCCGCCAACGGACGCUUCCUCAGUUUAUAAAGUGUUAUUGUGCAAUGUGUUCGUUCGUUCGUUGACUUUUUGCAACCAAUUCGGCCGCUGCGAUCGAUUUCGUUUCUUCCACAAUCACACACACACACACUGUUUAUAAUCCUGAAUCUACCUCAGCAAGAACGAUUAGCAGCACUUCGAACAGUCUUUUUGAGUGACUCACACGCACCACGCCCCUUCUGAACACAAAAUAAUAAUUCCUCAUUUAGAUUGCAAACAGGUAGACUGACUAAAUCAAAAGAUCACGCGGAAAGAAUAAAAAUCUUGUGUGAAACGAAAAAUGAUUUCGCCCCCACAGCUCAAAUUAUAUAUGAAUUGUUCGUAAUUGAAAUCGGCUAUAUGAUUGAGAGGAAAAGUAGUGUAUCUACAUAUAGCAUUUAAGAGCAAAGUUGAUUUGCUGACGAGAAACAUCUCAGGAUCCGACACUUUGACAUUUAAUCACGAUAUUAUAUGGAGAUUUUCUUCACUGCGAUUCCUGAUUCAAGCCUUGUGCAUUUUUUACGGGAUUAGAUUUAUUUCGACGUGAUGAAACCUCCAGAAUUUAUUCAGUCAAUCGACAGCUAAUAAGAAUUUUUGUUUGAACUGAUCUUCAUGGUUUUCAGUUCAUCGAAUCUGAAAUCGCAGAUAUAUUCAAAGUGUCGGAUCUGAAGAAAGAUGUCGGUCGUUUCUUGUGAGCUCUCAGCAGCCAAAUGGACAAACCUCAGAAAUUUCAAGAUAUAUAUUCUGUGAUUACGCAAUUAUUAUUUGAAUGAAUUAAAUUGGUAGCACUUAUAUAAAAGUAUGCGCAUUCACUGCUGUAGAAAAAAAAUAAUUCAGAAAGAAAGUUGCAUUUUUCACUCCUUCUGAAGUAAAUCUCGUGUAAUUAUACAAAUGUUAAACUGUAACACGCUCUGACGCAUUAUUAAAAUGAUUUUCUCAAGAUAAAAUUUAGGGUUUAAGCGGGAAAAAGCUCAUCAGCUGCCUGAAAAGAUAUAGAGAGAAAAAGCUCAGGUGGAGUGUAUCGUUUGGUUUUUUUUUUUUUGAAAAUAUAAUUAAAACACAAUCACACACUGCGAAAGGGUUAAAUUGUUCAGCUUUAUGUGUCGAAUCUCAGCGAUCAUCAAAUGGCUUAACGAAACCUUGUGAAAAAUAUACAAUAUUUUUGCCAUCGAAUGUAUAUGUGCUACAGAUAUGUAACGACUUGUUGUAAAUAUAUACAGUUAUCAUUUAUAGAGGACGCGCGAGUGGAUGAAAAAGAGACACGCACUAGUGCGAAAGCAAGCGAAAAGGCUCUCCAUUACAAUUCAUGUUUGUAACAUAAAUGGAAAAUUUAAUAAAACCACAAAACUUCGUGUGAAAAUACCUCAAAAAGUUAAAUGUUUCAAUUUGUGUCGCUCUCCUGUUCAAAGCACGCGCGUGAGAACAA